GACAGUUGAGAUGUCAACUGCUCUAUCGACGAGAAUACCCGAUCGCACAGCCAUCAACUCUGGUCCUCAAAGUGUCGUGUGUGAGAAGGCCAAGCUUAGGCUGCGCAAGCACGGAGUUACGUACGUUUGGGAUGUCGGUGGCGUCGGGCUCAGAACUUUUAUGGUGCGUUUGAUGUUUGCGAAGCGGGCGGCGGAGCGGUGGAAGCUACGUUACGGUGCUCACGAGGGCGGGAAACACUGUUUGCUGUUUGGCUUUCGUACACCUUAGUACAACUCCGGACAAAAGGCUGCAGCUGCGCCCGUGUUGUCCUUGUCGUCUAUGCAUUAGCCUCCAUGUCGAGACAACAAUGAGCUCCCACGCUCUGCCCAAAAGAACAAAAAAGCUCCAUUUUUUCCGAGCUCAGAGGCGCCAGCGGAGGCUUGGGACCUCGAGAGAGAGUUUGGAGGCAAGGAGGAAGGAAGAGGAAAAGCCAAAUUCUUCUCUCGGCCUUUCCCUCCGAUGGGCACCGGCGUCUUUGCCUUCUCCUUGAUCAUUUCUCUGCUGCUGAGGUGCUUGGCCUCGCAGCAUCCGAACAACACGGAUGCCUUCUUCGUCUCUGAUUUCUUCCGGAAGAUGAAGGUGGCGCCUUCCUCUGCCGAAGGCAGUUCUUCCCGAGUCUGUUCAUGGCGAGGCGUCUCCUGCGACGGCCAGGAGAGGGUCGUCAGCUUGGUGGCUUCCGGCUUCGGCUUCUCCGGUCCUAUCCCUGAAUCCACCAUCGGUAAGCUCAGCGAGCUCCGGGUCUUGGAUCUCAGCCACAACAACAUCACCGGGCUGUCUUUGGACUUCGCGGAACCGGGUAGCUCGCUCAGGAGCCUCAACCUCUCCUGGAACAAGAUCACGGGGCCGCUUCCGAGCAACCUCGGCAACUUCAAGCUCAUGGAAAGCCUCGACCUCUCGCACAACUGGUUCACCCGCGAGAUCCCGUCGCAGGUGGGCUCGCUGUCGAGCUUGGUGGUCCUCAAUCUCAGCAGAAACUUAUUGGAGGCGAGCAUUCCCGUUGCGAUUCUUGGAUGCACCUCUCUGGUCGCGAUCGAUCUUUCUCACAAUCGAUUAAGCGGGAGUUUGCCUGGUGGAUUUGGUGUUGCCUUCAAGAACCUAAGCACUCUGGAUCUUUCCGAAAACGAGAUAAGUGGGAAGAUGCCGGAUUUAUCCGGGUUGGAUUCGAUCACCUAUCUCAAUCUUUCGGGCAAUCUUUUGCAAGAACUGGCCCUCGGGGUGUUCCGGGAUCCACUGCAGGUGAUGGACCUGAGCCGCAACCAGUUUCAUGGCCUCAUCUCUCAAGUACAUCACAGCUCCGUCUCCAGUUGGUCUUCUCUGGUUUAUCUUGACAUGUCGAUGAACGAACUCACCGGGUACUUCUUCCCUGGUCUGGAGGACUUGAGUUCACUAAGGCAUCUUAAUCUCGCAUUUAACAAGUUCUCUAGCCAGGAGUUUCAUCUCCUAGAAAUGCCAUCUUCUCUGGAGUACUUGAACUUGUCGAAAGCCAAUCUCACCGGCCAAAUUCCGCCUCGGAUCUCUCGGUUGCUUAACAUGAAGGUAUUGGACCUUUCCCGGAAUCAUAUUACCGGCAACAUACCUGAGCUAAGCACCAAGAACCUGCAAGGGAUAGAUCUUUCGGUGAACAAUCUCACAGGCGAAAUCCCAAAGUCCUUGCAGCAGAAGCUACCCGUGAUGGAAAAUUUCAACUUCUCCUACAACAACCUUACUUAUUGUGGUAUGAAAUUUUCACCUGAAACACUGGAAUCAUCAUUCAUCGGGUCACAGAGUGACUGCCCCAUUGCAGUUAACCCGGAUGGUAUUGGAUCUGUGGAUAACAAACACAAGGAUCUCAAGUUAGGAUUGGCUUUGGCUUUGGCUUUGUCACUGUUCUUUUUGUUAGCAGGGUUGAUCAGCCUCGCCCUGGCUCUUCGAAAGAGGACGCCAUCCUGGACAGUCAAGCAACCGUCAUACCGGGAGGAACAGAACAUUUCUGGUCCGUUCUACUUUCAGACGGAUUCGACAACUUGGGUUGCCGACGUCAAGCUUGCUACCUCUGUCCCUGUUGUCAUCUUCGAGAAGCCGUUACUGAACUUUACCUUUGCUGACCUCUUGAGCGCGACAUCCCAUUUCGACAGAGGAACCUUGUUGGCUGAAGGAAGGUAUGGACCUGUCUACCGAGGAUUUCUACCUGGAGGCAUUCAUAUAGCCAUGAAGGUUUUGGUUCAUGGAUCAAUGGUGACAGAUCAGGAAGCUGCGAAAGAGCUCGAGCGACUUGGUCAGAUCAAACACCCCAAUUUAGUGUCCUUAACCGGUUACUGUUUGGCUGGGGAUCAAAGGAUUGCUAUAUAUGAUUACAUGGAGAACGGAAACCUACAGAAUCUACUCCAUGAUUUACCACUGGGCCUGCAAUCGACCGAAGAUUGGACCAGUGAUACAUGGGAACAAGAUAAUGCUGGCAUACAGAGUAUUACCACUGAAGGAAUGACAACUUGGAGAUUCAGACACAAAAUUGCAAUAGGUGCUGCAAGGGCAUUGGCAUUUCUUCACCAUGGAUGUUUCCCUCCAAUAGUUCACAGAGAUGUGAAGGCAAGUAGCAUUUAUAUUGAUUCGGCGAUGGAGUCUAGGUUAGCUGACUUUGGAUUAUCAAGAAUAGUGGGGAAUAGCAUGGAGGGUGAUAUGUCGCGAGGAUCACCGGGUUACACUCCUCCGGAAUUCUCUGAGUUAGAAAACACGUUGGCAACUACAAAAACCGAUGUUUAUGGAUUUGGGGUUGUGCUGUUCGAGCUUAUUACAGGGAAGAAACCGAUCGGAGAUGAAUACUCCGAAGACAAGGAGAUUACUUUGGUCCAUUGGGCAAGGGAUCUGGUGAGGAGAAAUGAGUACUCGAGAUUGAUUGAUCCAAAGAUUCGUGAAACAGGACCAGAGAAACAAAUGGAGGAAGCACUAAGAAUUGCUUAUCUAUGCACAGCCGACUUGCCACCAAAGAGGCCAUCCAUGCACCAGAUUGUUGGUCUCCUCAAGGAUGUCGAACCUGUCACUAUUAUGCAUUGAAUCGUAGAAUUCAGUUCAGGUGUAUACUGGUCUUGAGCUAAUUCUUGGCCAAUAUGGUUCACAGUACAUCAUGCCAACAUAGUAAGAUGGAAAUGCUCAGGUCAUAUUCUCUUAACUUCUUAUAACUUGGUUUCUCUCUAAAACCACACGAAUUAGCUUCUGUGCCUGCCUUCAAAAUUUGUAGCAGAGCAACUUGCAGAGUUGCUGUAUUAUCUUUUGUAUCUUUUGCCAAUAUGGUUCAAAAUGCUGUUUUAAUGUCAAGUGUGAGCUGCUGACUAUUAAUCUUGACAUGGUUAGGUUGCAAUGCUGAUAGCUUUUGUUCAAUAAAUGUUCCUUUUCGGCACACAAGGUGUCAACA